UUAUUUUUUUUCUUUCAGAUUUUAAACGUUUUUGACUAAAUUAGCACACCAGCCGACAAAGGAUCGACCGUAUAUAUAUUGAAGAGACAAAGAGUUUGGUCUUCCAGGGUAGGAAAAUGUUAUUUCUGGGCCAUAGAGUGGAAAACAAAUUAUAUUUUCCUUUCUUAUGUUAUGCGUGUAGUUUCUAUGUCGAGGUGAAAUGUGCAAGAAAAACUCCAGUGUUUACCACAAACCAUUAGCAGAGUUUAUAAAGGAAGCACCGAUCCAUUAAGUGGCGAGACAGAUUGCUGAUAUCCUUGGAGGCAGACUGUUCCAGGUGCAACACUUGACACUGGGAAGGCACUGUCAAGGUGAGCAGGCUCUCUCAAUACCUGUCAAGAAGAUACCUGUCAUCUAUAUAUACCCUGUAGAUCCGGAUUUGUGUAAACAGACGCACAGUCACAAAUUCGUAUCUAGGGGAGUAUGUAGUUGAUGUAUAGGCUACAUUUCAACUUCAGCGGGCAAAGAAGAUGAAAUUAAAACUUUCGGUUUGUUUAUUGAUGACGGUUUGUUAGUGGAAUAUUGUUGCAGUAACGAAAGUUAUUUUUUCCCCCUGACUACUACAUUUUUUUUUCUGUAAAUUAUGGUGUAGAAUUGAAGGGCGUUCAUGAUGCCACACAUUUUGUGGGACUUUUAAAGAAUUCGAAAUGAGAAAAGAAUUAGAAAAGAAUUCGAAAUGAGCAAUAAUAAUAACAAUAAUAAUUUUUACAGUUUUGCACUGAUUGGUGAUUAUCUGAAUGCAGUGAAUUUUAAACAUUGCUAUAAGUAAACAGAGAGAAUUAUUUGCUGCUGGUGUUGAUCGUAAAUUGAGCACAUAUAUUACUAUUCAGUGUGUGUAGAUUUGGCACACAGGAUAAACGCGCUGUUUGGAGUGGAAUGACUGCAGACUCCGUUUAAAUGCAGAAGGUCUCCUUUGUGAUUUAGGAGGCUUUGUAACCUGAAUUAGUUGAUGAAUUUUCUAUCGAUCUUAAACAAGCCCAGAUUCAUCUCUGACACGCUACUCACGACCAUUCUCUCACCGUUAUUAGCGAGAGCAUUUAAGAGCUUGGCCAAGACGAGCUUCUUGCAUCACUUUCCCCUGGUACCGCAUUUCAUGAACACUGGCCAAAAUUAAGCAGUGCUUCUAUUCGCCAAAUAUGAACAGUUCUUUAUAGAGGUGUAGUCAUGUUCUUCUCAUCGUGGAGAUGAACUGAGUGGGACUGGGGGCGUGACUUUCUGUGGGGCUGCUAGAAUCCAGCAUGCCUUUUCGAUGUGUCUGCAUUGGCUUGUUAUUGUUUUUAUUUACUCACUAUCUCAUCAAAAGCAUAGCAUCGUCUGAGAAAGUAUGGAAUUUUGGACUAUUGUUGAUGAGCGCGGUCUAAACUGACUAAUCCCAUUUCCUUAUCCGGGAAUGCGAAGAUCCACGCCAUUGGAUGACGAUGUCACAUGGACCUUUAACUUUGUUCACUUGACAGAAAGUAGGAGGGUUCUACCAAACAGGAAAACGAGUAAAGGGAUACAUAUAAAUUUUAGUAUAUUUUGUGUGCAAUUCAAAGAAAUUAAUGGCCAUGAGUUCCUAUUUGAUCAACUCGAACUAUGUGGACCCCAAGUUUCCACCAUGCGAGGAAUAUUCCCAGAGCGACUACCUACCCAGUCACUCUCCGGACUACUACAGCGCCCAGAGGCAAGACCCCUCGUUCCAGCAUGAGUCGAUCUACCACCAGCGGUCGGGCUGCGCCGACCCACCCUACUCUCCGUGCCAGGGUUCGGGGCAGCCCGCCGCGGUCAUCUCUCCGCGAGGUCACGUUCUACCCACAACCGCACUCUCGACCCCUCUCCCUGAACCAAACCAUCACUGCGACACGAUAACUCCGAGUCCUCCGCCUGCCUGCGGUCAGACUCCCACUAGCCAAAACACUUUAACGGUCACUUCAAGAAAGGAUCCCGUGGUAUACCCCUGGAUGAAAAAAGUCCACGUAAACAUCGUGAACCCGAACUAUUCAGGGGGGGAACCCAAGCGCUCACGCACAGCCUACACGAGGCAGCAAGUCCUGGAACUGGAGAAAGAGUUCCAUUACAACCGCUAUCUGACUCGCAGACGGAGGGUGGAGAUUGCCCAUACACUAUGCCUAUCCGAACGACAGAUUAAGAUUUGGUUUCAGAACCGGCGCAUGAAGUGGAAGAAGGACCAUAAGCUUCCCAACACCAAAAUCCGCAGCAGCUCUGCCAACACUAAUUCAAGCAGCGGUCCGACACUGAGCAGCAAUCAGAACCGAGCAAGCGGACCUCCGCCAAAUCUAUAGCCCAAAACAUGUACAAUUAUAAAAUCUAAUUUUCUGGAGUGUAGAACGUGGAUUUUACCCACGUUGUUUCUCUCUACUCUCCCCUGCACUCUAAUUACAGGGAUAAAAUACGAGGAAGGUGUGGGGGAAAGGAGCAAAGAAAAUGUUAAUCUUUUUAACACUAAAAUGGGUGAAGACUCGAACUCAAAUGCUACUCUAGAUGGGUUGCUUUCCCAGUCUGGUUCCCAUUUAUAUCCCGCACGCCUCUCCUGCUCACUCGCCCCUUUAUAAGCACAGAAGGCGGCAGAUAGUUUUCAGAUCUGGUGAAGAUGGAUCCGUGUUUCAUCUUUAAUCACGCCAAACUCGGCCCCAUUUGUCAUGUUUACUCUGUGGUACAAAGGAUGAACCAUAGGCCUGCCCAUUACCUCGACGUCUAGCGUUGUGCUUAAUAAAUGAGUCGCUCUGUUUUGUCAAGAAGCCUUUUCUGACUCCUUUUAUUCCCCUGGCUUAAAAAUAACUAGCCGAGUGUUUUUCAACUGAUAUGAAGUUUUGUAUUUUGUAGCAAUUAGGUUAUUUUGCAUUUGCUUUUUGCAUUUCGAAUGCAAUGCCAAUGGGACUGAGGGUUUAUUGUGCGUGUGGUCCAUUUGUCGCUCAUU